AUGAAUUCCUUGAGUUGGAAUGUCAGGGGUUUGAAUGACUCCCUGAAGCAAGCAGAAGUUCAAAAGCUGCUUGUUAACAAAAAAAUUAUGUUUGCUAGGUUAUUAGAAACUGGAGUUGGGAAAAUUAAUUUUGAAAGGAUUUGGAAGAAGUUAAACUUACAAGGUUGGAAAGUUAUUGAGAAUUAUGAUUUCUCAGAUAUAGGAAGAAUUUGGGUUGUGUAUAACUCAAAGAUUACAGUUGAUGUCCUCUACAAGUCAGAUCAAUUGAUUCAUUGCAAAGUAACUAAGGGAGAUUGUAUGUUUUAUUGGUCUGCCAUUUAUGAAGCCAAUGAUAUCAAGGAUAGACAGAGCUUAUGGUUAAGUCUCAAUUCUAUAGCUAGAAGUAUUGACAAUUCAUGGGCUAUUCAAGGGGAUUUCAAUGCGGUGAUGUCUGAUAAAGAUAGAUGUGGAGGUAAUAGCUUGGACUUGAACCAUGCUACUGAGAUGGCUAAUUGUAUGGCAAUGAUUUGGCUUGUUGAAUUAAGGAGUAUAGGUUGGUUUUAUACGUGGAGUAAUAAUCAGAUAAACAACAUAAUUUGGAGGAGAAUUGACAGAGCCCCUGUUAAUGGUGAUUGGCAGAAUAAGUUUCAAAAAUCAUUUUUUGAAGUCAUGCCAAAUGGGAUAUCAUAUCACAGUCCUCUGAUAAUCAAUAUUAUGGAAGCUAAUUACAGGAAGAAGAGCAGCUUCAGGUAUCUUAAUCUCUGGUCUCAAAAUCCUGAGCAUAACAGGAUUAUAGAAGAUGAGUGGCAUGAAGAGUAUCAGGGUUUCACUAUGUUUAAAAUUGUUAAGAAGCUGAGGGGAUUAAAAACAAGCUUUCCAAGCUUAACAAAAAGUUCUAUUCUGAAAGAUAUUCAGUUAGAUCCUCUUGAUACCAGUUUACUGGAGGAGGAAAGAGCUAUGGUGAACCAUCUGAGGAAGCUUUUGAUUAGUGAAGAGAGCUUUUAUAAACAACAAUCCAGAAUUAAUUGGCUAAAUCUAGGGGACUCCAACACUAAGUUCUUCCACAACUCAGUUAAGCAAAGAAGAAGUAGGAACAUUAUUUCUAUUCUUAAAGUGGACUCUGAUAGAUUCAUUAUUGAUAAAGAUGAAAUUCACGGAGAAAUGACCAACUACUGUAAGAACCUUUUCAGCAAUAAUGGUUUUGUGAGAAAUCAUAUUGAUAGAGAUUCUUUAAGGGAUGGCCCUGUCAUAUCAGAGUCAUCAGAUAACGUGAUAGAUGCAAUAGAAUUCGAUCGAUCGAAAUUUCAGAAAGAGUGUGAAGGAGGAAUGCAAAGUUAUAGAAGUGGGAGAAACUUGCCGGAGACAGAAACUGCACAAACACGCGCUAUUACACAGCAAGUGUAUGAGGCGCGAGAAGAAAAUCGAGGUAACCAAAGUAAAUGCAAUCUACUCCAAUUGGUCAGUAACGGCCAGAGACGAGAUAAAGGACAACGGAAACUUAGCAAAGUAAAGUGGGAACAUACAGGCAUCGGAAGUGCCGCCGUAGCCCAACGUCAUUAUGAAUCAAAAGAGAUCCUCAGGAAGAUGACUUCGAGGAAGAAGAGUUAUCAUACUAGUCCGAUGUCGAGGAGUACUGGAGUAAGCAUUUCUGAUCCAGUGUACGUGUUAGCUGCUAGAAUCAGUCUCAUUCUUUGUCAUUUAAUCUCUGAGAACCAGUCAGCUUUUAUUCCCAAAAGGUCUAUAGCCUACAAUAUCAUGCUUGCUCAUAAAUUAGUUAGAAAUUAUCGCUCUAACAAAGGCAAUCCUAGGUGUCUUAUGAAAAUAGAUCUUAAAAAGUCUUAUGACUCUAUCUCUUGGGAUUUUAUUGAAGAAAUGCUUUUUAACCUUCAUUUUCCUGAUAUCACUAUCACCCUGAUCAUGAACUGUAUUAGGAAUACUAGGUAUUCUGUGAAUUGGAAUGGUGAUAAUGGUGUUUGUUUUAGUCUAGAAAAGCUGUGCCAUCUUAAGCUCAAUCAUCUUAUGUUUGCUGAUGACUUGAUGUUAUUCUGUCAUGAAGAUAUUGAUUCUGUGAAAUACUUCACUGAGAACCUCUCUAAAUUCAAAAACACCCCUGGCCUUGAAAUUAACCCUUCCAAAAGCCAAAUUUUUUUCUGUAAUGUUGAUGAUAGUGUGAAAGUCAGUAUUAUGAAUUCCCUAGGAUUCAAAGAAGACAUUCUGCCUCUUAGAUACCUAGGAAUCCCUCUUAUCUCCACUAGAUUAUCCAAAGUUGACUGUAAUGGUAUUAUCUCUAAAAUUACUAGUAGAAUCAACUCCUGGACUAGUAACUUUCUGUCUUAUGUUGGCAGACUGCAAUUGAUUACCUCUGUGCUUAUGAGAAUGCAUAGUUUUUGGGCUUCUGUGGUCAUUUUGCCCAAGAAUGUUGUCAAAAAUAUUCAAAAAAUAUGUUCUAGAUUUUUGUGGAAUGGGACUAAAGAAGGCAGAAACAAUGCCCUUGCUUCUUGGGAUGAAAUGUCUAAGAUGAAAAUUGAAGGUGGCUUGAGGGUAAAAGACAUAUCCACUUGGAAUAGAGCAGCCAUCAGCAAGCAUAUAAAAGAUAAUAAGAUUAAGAGGAGCAGUUUCUGGGGUGUUAAAGCUAACCAAAGCGCUAGUUGGAUUUGGAGAGGCAUUCACAGCAUUAAAGAUGAUAUCAAGAACAUUCUGGAUUAUAAGAUAGGGGAUGGUACCAGUGUAAGUUUUUGGAAUUAUCCUUGGACUCAUGGGUACUCUAUGCUUGAGAAGUUUCCAAGAGUGAAAAUGAGGGAUUCAGACAUUCCUAGAGAUGCUAAAGUUGCUGACCUAUGGAGAAAUGGCAACUGGAAGUUCCCAGACCCUAUGGAUGCAGAUACAGACAUAGCUUGGGACUAUAUCAGAAGGAACUUUGUAACUUCUAAUGAGCCUGAUAGUAUUAAUUGGAAAAGUAGCAAAAAUGGAAAAUUUUCUAUUUCUAGAACUUGGGGCAUCUAUAGAGCUCAUCAUGAUAGAGUCUCUUGGUUCAAGCUGGUUUGGGGGAAGAAUUCAAUUCACAAAUACAAUUUUAUCCUCUAG